AUAUCUAAUUGGAAUACAUAUUUUGGAUAUUUUUUAAUUGGGUUAAUAAAAUGAUUUGCCGCUUAUGUUUAGUUGAACUAACUAAUGGCAUGAAAAUAUUCUCCGAUAAUGGUGAGACUGAAGUCGCUAAAGUGAUUAUCAAAUAUUUUAACAUUGUGGUUCAUACCGACGAUGCAAUUUCUAAUGAAAUUUGUGACGAGUGUUGGAAACAUAUUGAGGAUUUUCAUCAUUUUUGGCAAGAUAUAGAUGAAAAGCAGAAAAAUCUGCAAAAUCAUUUAGAAUGUUCAGAAACAAAGCAAUACAUAGAAGAUAUUGAGACAGAAGAAUUCCCCUCCGUGCACAUAGAUUCUUCUGUUGACUACAAAGAUGUCGGGUUGCGUGAGCCACAAAUUGAUUUGGUUGUUGCACAACCAGAUAUUUGUGAAGAUGAGGUCGAAUUUGAUGCAGCUGAUAUGGAUAAUGAUGAUGAAAUAUCAACAGACGACCAUGAUUCGGCAUCAUCACCACUACCACAAACAAAUGACAAAACUAAAUUAAAAAGGAAAGUAUUGGUUGUGAAACCAAAACAGAAACGAAAAUAUAGGAAAAGAUCUUUAAAAUGUAGAUCUGAGGAUGAGAUUGCUAAAGAGGUGUCACACGAAGAGGAAGCUGCGAGUAGACGUAUGGCUAAAUUGGCUCUGAUUGCUGAGAUGGAUGAUUACAUCGCGGAAAAUUCCGAAUUAGUUUGUUGCUUGUGCAAACAACCGCUUACAGACUUCUUAGACCUGAGGAAGCAUUUUCGUGAAAAGCAUAAAUGUGAGGGAUAUAUGACUUGUUGCAACAGUCGAUUUUUAAAACGUUCUCUUUGGGUAGACCAUUUAAAAAUGCAUAGGGAUCCAAACUUUUUAAAAUGCCAUAUUUGCAAUAAGAAGCUGGCAAGCCGGAAUACUUACCAAAACCACAUGGACUCUAAACAUCCCGAUUCGAAAGAUUUGCAAUUUUUUUGCAAAUUGUGUCCUCGAAAAUUUGUUAAGCAAUAUCUUUUGGAUUAUCAUAUGAAGUCCAAGCACACGACAACGCGAGAUUUCAUUUGCAAAACCUGCAACAAAGGGUUUGUCAGUGCUGGAGUUUUGAAGAAGCAUGAAAGGAACAUUCACUUGAAUGAAUAUGAAUCUGUAUGUGAAAUAUGUGGAAAAUGUUUUAAGGCUGCACACAAUCUUUUGCGUCACGUAGAUGCCAUACACAGUGCUGAACCACGCACUCGAGCACAAUGUCAUAUAUGUCACAAAUGGCUAAAAAAUGCAUAUACUCUUAAAAAACACGUGACCGCACACAGUGAAGAGCCAUCAGGAAAAGAGUACCCGUGCUCUAAGUGUGGGGCUGUAAAAUAUUCCCGUCAUUCUUUAGCGGCACAUAUACGUUACCACCAUUCCGACCGAAGUUUCAAAUGUCCUGUAUGUAGUAAAGAGUUCAAAUUGCCAAUUGCAUUAAGGGAACAUGAGGCUAGACACGCUGGAAUACAUCUUUACACGUGUUCGAUUUGUGCUAAGAAGUUUAGAUCGAUCCGUAACAUGCGUAAACAUAUGGCAAAUCAUUCUGACGAUGCAGUGCAUCAACAAUGUAAAGAGACUGCUGCUCAACAUUCUAAUGAACAGCUGUCCACAGAUACUAAUGAAUUAGCAAAGCGUGCUCAAUGUACUGAUAUGCCUUCAGGGCUUUUGAAUCUGUUGCCCUUUAACCAAUCACAAACUCAAUAUUCUGAUUCAAUAGAAAUGAUUUGUCGUCUAUGUUUGGAGGAAACAAACAGUAAUUUUGAAAUUUUUUCCGAACAUGGUGAGACGGAAAUUGCUAAAGUCAUUGCCAAAUACUUCCACAUCGAGGUGCAACCCGAUGAUACUAUUUCAAACAUAAUUUGUGGAGAAUGUUUUCGGAAUAUAUUCGAAUUCCAUAGAUUUUGGUUGAGUAUAGAUGAGAAACAGAAAACACUCCAAACACAUCUGGUAUGUACACAAAUAAAACAAGAUGUCGAUGAAAUUGAAACGCAAUGUUUCGCGACAUCACACACAAAUUCUUCUAUUGACUGUAAAAAUAAUGAGUUACGUGAGCCGGAAAUUGACAUGGGAGUUGUUCAACCUAAUAUUUGCGCAAAUGGAUUAGAAUUCGUGGCUGCUGAAAUGAAGGAUGACGAAAUAUCGAUGGACCGAGAUUCAAUAAUGACUCCAUUAAAUCCAGCUAUCGAUGAAUCUUCAUCAGAUGAUAGAAGUGAAUUAAAAGCUUCUAAAAAACGGAAAUACACUAAAAGAACUGUUAAAAAACCAAAAAAAAUAAAUCAGAGAAGUUUAAAAAAAACUUCCCGUUCAACAAGAAAAAUAAAGGAGAAAAAAGAACGCAAUGACAAUGAAACCGAUUCGAAACUAAAAGAAAAACUAGAGAAAAAACAAGAUACAAAAUCUUUAAUUCGAGAAAUGGAUGAAUUUAUAGCAGAAAACACUCAACUAAGUUGUUGCUUAUGUUCGGUACCUCUUAAAGACUUCUAUGAUUUGAAGAAACAUUUUCGAGAGGAACACCAUUGUGUGGGCUAUAUACCUUGCUGCAAUAACCGCUAUUUAAAAAGAACAUUGUAUGUUGAUCAUCUGAAAUUGCACAAAGAUCCAGACUUCUUCAAAUGUACUCUUUGUAAUAAGCAAUUAGCGAGCAGAAAUAACUAUCAAAACCAUAUGGAUACCAAGCACCCAGAUGCAGAAAGUUUGCUUUAUCCCUGUAAAUUGUGUCCCCGAAAGUUUGCUAAACAAUACAUUUUGGACUAUCACAUCAAGUCUAGACAUACGACAACGCGUAAUUAUAUCUGCAAACUUUGUAACAAGGGAUUCAUAAAUUCUGCUGUUUUGAAGCAACACGAGAAGGCUGUUCAUUUAAAUGAAUAUGACUCUGUAUGUGAAGUUUGCGGGAAGUGCCUUAAAACUUCACAGAACCUUCUAUCCCAUAUGGAGGCCAUGCAUAAUACAGAACCGCGUCCUGAAGAACAAUGCAAGAUUUGUCUCAAAUGGUUAAAAAAUGCACGUUGUCUAAGGAAGCACAUGAUUGCACAUCGUGACCAAGCAUCUGGGCAAGAAUUCAAGUGUCCACAAUGUGGCAUGGAAAAGAAUACUCGGCAUGCUCUUUCGGCGCAUAUUCGCUAUCAUCAUUCAGGCAAAGUAUUUACAUGCACAAUGUGCAACAAAGAAUUUAAAAAUCCACGUGCUCUAAGGGAGCAUGAGACUACUCAUACUGGCACCCAUUUGUACACCUGCUCAUUUUGUCCCAAAACAUUUAGGUCGCAUGGCAACAUGCACAAGCAUAAGGUCAAUAAUCAUUCGCAUGAGUGGGUACGCAGUGGAUCGCAACCAAACGAGAUUACAAAAAGUCUUUUAAAUAUUUUAAAACCUAAUGAAGAGCAGAGUUAAAAUCCAAACCACUAGUUCGCUUUCUAUUGUAUUAAUACAUUAUAUUUAUUUAAUUUACACUUAACUUGAAAUAAAAUUAAAAUUGGAAACUUA